AUGAUCGAGUUGCAGGUGAGGCCAUACGAUCGACGAAAGCAGCAGCAGCAUACCUAUGCUGCGGCAGAGAUUCAAGCCAACUCGCAUCGCAACGAAGGAAGGGAUGCAGUGGAAUGUGAAGCAAUCAUGCAGCAACUGGCGGGUGUCGACUAUUGGCAUCCCAUCGACCGCUGUCUGGUGACCAUAGACAGCGUUGCCAAAUUGAACUGGAGUGCGGAACGCGACGUGGUCGGAUUGAUCCAAAUCACAAAGUCCAAUCACCACACAAUUGAUUCUGUGGCGCUUGCCAAGUAUGCGUCGCUGUUUCCCGGUUGUGCCAGAUAUAUUGCGUUGGUGCCGGACAAGGAGACGUGUGAUCGAUUUCGACUUACUCCAGCUGAUCCUCCAACCCAAGUGCCAUUGGACGUUGCGUAUAUUGCAACAUGGAAUUUGUGAACUGGACUGAAAGAAGAAGCUCUGGAACUGGAAUGAUUUUUACAUGAUCUGCAUUUUUUAGCAAAUAUAUGAGUUACUGAUAGGUC